CAGAUUAUUUGUACAGCUCUCAGAAUGAAAGAAUCCUGAUUGGCUGCUUUUAUACGAAGUGACAGUGACGACGUGUUCUCUGACCUCUGACCUCUGUCUCUGUUUAUCCCUCCUGUGAAUCCGUGUUGUCCGUGUUGUGCGUCCUCUCGAUGCUGCGCUUCACUCAGCGACCUCUGCACUAAAUUUAGACUCCAGACAUUGAAACCUCCGCGGUCUCCUCUGCUCUCCGAGUCGGUAACAAUCUGACUCGGCUGCAGACGCAACCUGAGCGAUGAUCACAGUUUUCGCAGGAGACUGAUCGUGUGGCUGUCGGUUUGGCUUCCAGGAGCUGAGGCUGAGCGGCAGGAGCUUCGCCAACUGUCCCGCUGGUGCUGUGUUUUCUGACCAGGCUUUAAAUAGAACCACCUGGUGUUAGCAUUUAGCAUGAGAGGGCCGGCUGCGAGGCCCCGGGGCCCAGUUCCCUCAGGGCUGGAGGUUCAGCCUCCACAGUCCUGAUCUGAAGACACUUUUAUUUUGGAAAGAUAAUGUGAGGCGGGAGAAAGUGGAGGGCAGACAGGCGGUAUGACAGAGGAGAAAUGUCCGCAGCUGGUGGACUACUUCGUAGUGGCAGGUCUCGACCCUGCAGGGCCCUGGAGGCCCCUGGAUGAGGAUGGGAAGACCUCCUCCCCCUACUCUUCCUCCUCCACCACCUCGUCUUCUCCGGCCCGGGCGGUGGAGCCGGUCACAGACCUGGCGGUUAUUGCCAAAGGGCUCGGGGAGGAAGUGCCGGAGGGCUUCACCUGCAUCGACAGGACGCUGGGCGGACAUUCGGCCGAGCUGAGCGCUGGACUGAUCAACAACCCGCACCUGUACCUGUGUUACCGCCGAGGACGAGAAAAACCGCCCAUUCUGGACCUGGGGGUUCUGUACGAGGGGAAGGAUCCACUGAAGCAGGGCUGGUACGUCAUCGAGACGACGCCCUACAGCCGCUCGGCCAACCUGAGCUCUGGCGGCGCCCCGACGGCUCACCGGGUGUUCCUGAUGUAUCGGCGGGCUCUGGACUCGCAGGGGCUCCACACGCUGGGCGUCACCGACAUCGCCCUGCUGCUGCCCAGCAAGGGGGAGGUGGCCCCGCACACUUUCUCCCGCGUCGAUAAGAACCUGAACACCGGCAUGUGGGGUCCGGCCCUGUACGUGUGCUAUAAGAGGGCUGUGGCCAAAGCCAACGCGCUGGUCUACGAAGCCACUCUGAUCAGCCGCUACCCGGAGGAAGACCUGGAAGCGUUUCCUCUGCCGGAGUCGGUGCCGGUCUUCUGUUUGCCGAUGGGCGUCACCGUGGAGAGCUGGCCUCUGAACACAAAGUACCAGCUGCCCAUCUUCUCCACCUUCGUCCUCACGUCCGCCUCCGGGGACAAGGUUUACGGAGCAGCCAUCCAGUUCUACGAGUCCUUCCCCAGGGAGCUGCUGUCGGAGCGGCAGAGCGUGAGGCUCGGCCUGCUCAGCGUGGUCGACCGGCGGCCGAUCACCAACCGCAGCCUGCAGGCGAAGAAGAGCAUCUGCGUCUUAUCCCACUGGCCCUUCUUCACCAUCUUCCAGAAGUUCCUCACCUUCAUCUACAGAUACUCCAUCUCCGGGCCGCACGUCCUGCCUCUCGAAAAACACAUCUCCAGCUUCAUGCACAACGUCCCGUUCCCGUCCCCCCAGCGGCCUCGUAUCCUCGUUCAGCUCUCUCCGUACGACAACCUGCUGCUCUGCCAGCCGGUCUCAUCUCCGCUCCCACUCAGUGGGGCGAGUUACCUGAAGCUGCUGCAGAACCUGGGUCCAGAAAACGCCUGCACGCUGCUGCUCGCCGUCCUCACCGAACACAAACUGCUGCUGCACUCGCUGCGCCCGGACGUCCUCACCUCCGUCAGCGAGGCCCUCGUCUCGAUGAGUUUCCCUCUGCGCUGGCUCUGUCCCUACAUCCCUCUGUGUCCACUGCAGAUGGCCGAUGUGCUGCUGGCGCCGAUGCCCUUCAUCGUGGGCGUCCACUCCAGCUACUUCGACCUGUACGACCCCCCCACGGACGUGGUGUGUGUCGACCUGGACACCAACACCAUCUUCCAGUCAGAUGAUAAGAAGCCGCUGUCGUGGCGCUCGUUACCCAGGAAGCACGGAAAGACUCUGUUCAACGCGCUCACCAGCCUCCACAAGACCCUGGAGAAGAUUUGCACCCCCGGCCAGGAGGAGGCCACGUUGGAGUUCCUGCUGACCGACUACGAUCAGAUCUACAGGCGUCAGAAGCAGCUGGAGCUGGAGAUCCAGGAAGUGUUUCUGCGUUUCAUGAGCUGCCUGCUGCGAGGAUACCGCUCCUUCCUGCUGCCGAUCACACAGGCUCCGUCCGACACCACCACCGACUGCAGUUCCCUCUUCAACCUGCAGGGCUUCCUGAAGUCUCGGGAUCGGACGCAGCAGAAGAUUUACAGCCAGCUGACGAGGACGCAGAUGUUCACUCAGUUCAUCGAGGAGUGCUCCUUCGUCAGUGACCGUCACGCCUGCCUGGAGUUCUUCGACGAGUGCGUCCAAAAGGUGGAUGUGGAGAAGCCGGAGGAGGUGAGGCUGAUCGACAUGGAUGAGACUUACAGUGGAGAACACACAGUCUUCAUCAUGCCUCCUGAAGAACCACAGGAACCGGACGGGUCAGAGUGUCCUGCCCUCUACAGCUAUGAAACCUUCCCCACGCUGAGGCCGGAGCUCUUCGACCAGCCGCAGGACCAGCUCCGUGUCCCAGCUAAAGGCAGCGCCCCCAGCAGCCCCGCCCCUCGACGCACAAAACAGGAGAUUAAACUGGCUCAGAAGCGAGCUCAGAAAUACUCGGCGGUCCCCGACAUGUGGUCCAAGUGUCUGCUGGGUCACUGUUACGGCCUCUGGUUCCUCUACCUGCCCACCUUCGUUCGGGCGGAGAGUGCCAAGGUCCGCGCCCUGCACACGGCCUACGACGUCCUCAAACACAUGGAAAACCGCAAAGUGGUGGUGCCGGACGAGGUGUGUUACCGCAUCCUGAUGCAGUUGUGUGGUCAGUACGGGCAGCCGGUCCUAGCUGUUCGAGUCCUGCUGGAGAUGAAGAAGGCGGGAAUCACACCCAACACCAUCACCUACGGAUACUACAACAAGGCAGUGCUGGAGAGCAAGUGGCCGUCUACCAGCCAGGGCGGGCGUCUCCGCUGGGCCAAGCUGAGGAACGUCCUGCUGGCCGUGGCCCAGUUCAGGCAGCCAAUCAAACGGCGGCAGAAGAGCGGCUCGGUGGGGUCACGGGGAGAAAUGAUGGUGGACGCAGACCAGAGGCCCCGCCCCCACUCCAAUCUGAUUCGUCAGUCCAGUUGGAGCGGUCUGUCUGAAAGCUCCAGUCACGAGUCUCUAACUGGUCCAAUGGUGAAGAGCAACAGUCUGAACAGCAUGAGUGCCUCGUCCGACAAGGUCAAACACUGUAAGAAGGCCGUCCUCCCUGACGCAGGGACUGCCGGCUGCCGUGACGCCGUCUCUCGAAAACCUCCCCUGGGACUAAGAGACGCGUCCGCCCCGCCUGCAGCGCCCCCUAGCGGUGUUGUAGUGGUGCCGCGGAGUCAGGUCUGCCUCUCCAACUUCUACAAAGAGUGCGCAGAGUCGGCCGACUCGGAGCCGGACUGCAGCUGUCAUCCUGCGGAGAGAGACGGCAGGCCUGUAGGGGUGCGUGACUCGUCCGGCAGGAAAGAGGCUGUGGAUGAGAACUACAACAACGUCUCUUCCCCGAACCGCGGAGGUCUAGCAGGAAAACUCCAGCAGCUCCUCACCCCGACCAGACACCGAGUGUCGGUGCGACGAGCCGCCAGCGUGGACGACCGGCGGCCUGGAGGAGGGAUAGGACGAAGAGUGUCGGAGCAGAGGCAGUCAAGGAAAGCUCAGGUGGCUGAAACGCUGCUGAAGGCCAAAGACAGGCUGGUGAACGCUACGUCAGAGAGUUCGUUGUCUGUAGGAAGUGACCUCGACUUGACGGACACGCCCACUCCAGCGUUUCCUAUACGCAGGUCCUGGGACGCCAAUCAGGAGGCGGCGGGGCUGGAGGUGUUGAUGUCCAGCUGCUCUCUGUGUCGCAGCUGUAACUCAUUGGUUUAUGACGAGGAGAUCAUGGCGGGCUGGACGUCUGACGACUCGAACCUGAACUCGUCGUGUCCGUUCUGCGGCGCCACCUUCGUCCCGUUCCUGAACGCCGAGAUCUGCGACCUCGGGCUGAUCAGCAGUGCGGAGCGCAGCAACUGGAACCUGGAGGACGAGGUGGAGAGCUCGGCGAGGCCCCCCAGUGGUCAGGACUUCUCCCUGCGCCACCAGUGUAACGGUCUGAGCGAGGAAUCGAGCUCUGAGACCAGCAGCUACUCGGAGAACAGCAGAACCACCACGGCUUCGUCAGUGGGUGGGGCUCCUCAGGUGACGGUGGCGUACCUGAGCCCUCUGGUUCUGAGGAAGGAGCUGGAGAGUCUGCUGGAGAACGAGGGCGAGGCGGUGCUGGCUCAGCCUCAGUUCCUCGACAGUCACUCCAUCAUCUUCUGGAACCUGGUCUGGUACUUCCAGCGCCUCGGCCUCCCCUGUAACCUGCUGCAGCUCGUCAGAGCCUCGCCGCUCGUCAGCAGCUUCACACAGUCGGAGAGCUCGGCAGUGAGUGUGAGGCUCCUGUGGGACACCCUGACCCCCGACACAGACCAGUGGCCCCCCCUCUACAUCCUCUGGAGGAUCCACAGUGGCGUCCCGAUGAGAAGCUACAGCUGGCGGAGACACAACCACCCGUUCACCCUGGCCUUCCUGGAGGAGGUGCUGCGCUGGGUCGGCAUGAACGAGGUGCACAAAGCCGUCACGCUCUUCCUGGACACGAUGGCCAAACAGCCGGCGUCAACCAGAAUACAGAGGAGCUUGUACAGAGAGUUCCUCUUCCUCACGCUGGCAGCUAUGGGCAAAGAUCACGUCGCGGCGUUUGAUAAGAAGUACAAGGCGGCGUACUCGCGGCUCAGCGGCACUCUGGGCCGUGAGGAGCUCAGAAAGAAGCGAGCACAGCCGCUCAGCCCCAAAGCCGUUGACUGCAGACGCAGCUUCCACCCGCCUCUCGAAUGCUGAUCGAGUCCAGAACAAACGUCCCGUUCUGCCGACUCCUGCUGCGUCCGAGCCUCCGAAGGGGAAUCUCGCUGCCUGCUUUCUUCUUGUGUUCCCCACUUCUCUGCCGCCCCCUGGUGGAUGCCAGAGGGUGGCGUUGCUCCCUCCUGUCCUCUGUACCUCUGUUUGUGAAUCCAGCUGCUAUUUGUCUCAAGUAACGAUGGCGUCGGCUGAACGAGCAGCAGACGGAGCUGAGCUCAACUGACGAGAGGAGCGAGCGUCACGUGUUCGAUGCUCGAGGUCGUGCAUGUCCACAGGCAUCAGCUGUGUUGGUGUAAACUUGUCUUCCUCUUGUUUUAAAAUACACAAGGAGCUCAAGGUUCCUGCAGGAGCUCGUCACUGCUUUAAGCUGGGAAUCUUCUGAGGACAGAGGGGGGGGGGGUGUCAGACUCAUUCAGUGCGUGAUAGACAUUUAGAGUUUUAUUUUGAAAAAGAGUCAAAUAAGGAUUAAAGGGACAGUUCCAACACUUUUAAAUACUUGAAAACCAUUGUUGUGAUUUCAAACAUAAAAUGUCCCCCAAAUAACAAACUGUAAACAACAGUUCAGUCCGAUCGUUCAGCUCCAAACAGAAUCCGAUACUAAAUCCUCAGAUUGAACCUUUGACCCUUAGAACAUGUCCGUACCUCCGACAUCUCCUCCGUCUGCUGGAUCUGGAUCUUCUGUGGGACCUGGUAGAUUCAGGAGGAAAGGUCGUCGGGCAGAAUCGCGUCUGGGUUCAACGUCAUUGAGAAGUUUCAAAUAACCUUUCAUCAGUUUGAAAAGUUCUGACAUUUGUUUAAUGUGAGAAACGUGAAAAGAGGUAAAACACGAGACUCACGUUUCUGCAUCAACUGCUGAUGAUGUAAAAUCUGUACAAUAACAAAAUGUAGAUAAAGUUAUUUAUGACCUAAUGAAACUCAGUUUGUGCAGUAACGUGAAUCCGACACUUUUUUAAAUCAUCCAGAUGUUUUCAGCUUCCACACGGAGAAAAGGAUUAUUUAUAUAAAGUUUUUAACUCAUUUAGUUUUUUUAUUUAAAGGGAAACAGUUUAAGAAAAUGAGAAAACUUUAAUUUACACUGUGAAAAUGUAGACGCUUCAAAAAACGUCUGGUUAGUUAAACACUGGAUUUCAAGAGAGACCCAAACAAUUCAUCUGUUUUAAAAAAUCUGAACCUUUUUUUUUCGAAUGAGUCUGAACGGUUUUAUUUCUGUUUGUUUGUUUUUUCUACUUUUAAAAAGAAAAACCAACAAACUUUAAACGAGAAAUAACUAAACAUACACAUGACGCAAAACUACGUUCGGUGAAAUUUGAGGAAAUUAUGUUGUUUAAUGCCAUAGUACAAAUAAAUAGAUUUUAAAUAAUAAUUCUGUUUACGUCGCUCAUAAAGAAAAAUUACUGAAAGAGUUGAUUUAAAAUUUGAUGUAAACAAUUUACAAAAUGUAUAAAUUCGAGAAAAUAAAAUGCGUUUAGAGUUUCUCUUCAUGCGAUAUUUGAUUGGCUCUUUUAAUUUCAUAUCAUCUUGUUGCGCCAUCUAGUGUUCAUCUCGAUGAACCGAAAAGGUUUACCUGACGUUCGUAAAUAUCUGUGAUGCAUUUGGAUGGAAACUAUUUUGAAUUCACGUGGACUUAAUUUUCAACUUUUAAUUAAGUUUGCAUCUUCUUGACUUUUGUCUCAACUCGCCUGCAGACCCGUUAUUGUGCCAGUGAUGUCACAGGGUAUUGAACACACCCCCACAACCUGUGCACAUCACUGCAGCGAGGUGUUCAGCCACCAGAGGUCAGCAGAAACAAGGAUUUUAGGAGGUUUCUAUCUGAAUCUCUGAGAAAUCUAAAAUUGAUCCACGUUUUCUCUGCGAUCGAUCAGUAAUAAUGUUUUAUUUUCGAUUGGACAGCGAGGGUCAGUUCCAGCAGUAGAUGGAGACGUUUUUUUAUGUCAGCGUCACAGUGUGUACGUUAAUAAAACACAGGGUGUACGUUCACAAAGUCACAUUUCUGGGAAUUUGAAAUGUGACAUUUAUCGGUUGAGCGGUGACUCGAGCGGAGGAGUGUAUUUAAAACAGAUUAUUGUGUUUGCUGUUGUAAUUUAUAAAUGGUUGUGAUUUCAGUUGUAAAUGUUUUUUUUUUUAAGAAAACAGAAAUAAAAGACGGUGACGAGCCAGA